AUGAGUUGGAUAAAAAGAUUUUCAUGGUUGGUAUAUUCUAAAAUAGAAAAUGGUGCUCUGUGUAAGUUUUGUGUUCUGUUUUCUAAUUCUGAUACUGGUAAAGGUAGUCACGAAAAAACAAAAAGUUUUGUGUCACAGCCAUUUAAAAAAUGGAAAAAUGCGAUAGAGAAAUUUAAUGAUCAUGAAAAUUGCCAAUAUCAUAAAUUAUCUAAAGAACGCGCAGAAUAUUUUUUGUCAGUAAAUUAUCGAAAGCAAAAAUCUGUGAUUGAAGUUUUAAACUCUGAACAAGCCAGUCAAGCUUCGGAAAAUAGAAAAAAACUAUAUUCAAUAGUUGAAACAAUUAUUCUUUGUGGUCGAUUAGAAAUGUCUUUAAGAGGGAAAAAUGAUUCAGGAUAUAUAAAUGUAGAUAAAGAAGGGGAAACUGGUGGUGAAUUUCGUGAACUACUCAAAUUUAGAGUGAAAGCUGGAGAUGAAAUCUUAAAAAAACAUUUAACUGAAGGGAGUUUAAAUGCUCAAUUUACAUGUGCUAAAAUACAAAAUCAAUUAAUAAAUAUUUGUAGUGAUAUUAUAUCAGAAAAAAGUAGUUGA